AGGUGCUUGGUGCGUACUCUCGCAAUAUGUAUUUUACUUGUAUGUUUGGCGUUAAAUAUACACCCCAGACAACACGCUAAAGGCUAUUUUUCGAAUACUGAGGCGUUUUAAGAAAAAAAAAAAGCACCUGCAGGCUGCACGUCCACAGCAAGAUGAUCUACAUAAUCAUGGGCGUGUCGGGCUGUGGGAAAAGCUCUUUAGGAGCCUUCCUAUCAGAAAAGCUCGGUUGGCCUCUACAUGAAGGCGACCGCUUCCACCCCGAGGAGAAUGUGGCCAAGAUGGCUCGUGGAGAAGCCCUCACAGAUCAGGAUAGAUUCCCUUGGCUUCUUAGACUACAUGAAGCCAUAAAAAGUGAAAGACGUUCCGACUCCAACGCAUUGGUGGCGUGCUCCGCUUUGAAGCGCCUCUACAGACUCAUCCUCCUCCAUGGCUCCAAAGCCCUCCCGUCCUCCUCAUAUUCACCCCCAGAACCAGGCCAGGGACAUCAUGCCCUCCCCCCCUCCCUCCCGGACGUCUACUUUCUCUUCCUGCAUGCAGACUACCACGUCCUCCAACGAAGGCUAGAGGCCAGGAAGGGACACUACAUGAAGGCAGACCUGCUGGGCUCUCAGUUUGAUGCUUUGGAGCCACCUUUGGAGGGGCAGGAGAAGAACGUGGUGCUGCUGGAUGGCAGCAGGAGCAUCUCGGACAUGGCCGUGGAGGUGGAGGAGCACCUCAGCAGCCACGCAGGCGGAGGACACGAGGAAAAACUUUAGAGGCCAGAAAAAUGUUGAAGCAAAUUUUUACAUUGUUUUUUUAAAUGAAGUUACCUUACCUUUCAUCUACAUUAUUACAAACAAUUAUUUGUAUAUAUUUAUGUACAAUGUAUUCCGACAAUAUGGAAAAUAUUAGGAUGUUGACAUUUAAUUCAGACUUAGUAUUAGAGAGCUUGAAUUUGUUAUAUUGUUAUAACGUACAAUAUUCAUAAACAAUUUCAUUUGCUUCUUUAUUUAAAGAUUUGAUUAAAAAAGUUUACGAGCUGGGACGAAAACAAUUUAAAUGUAUAAUGUAUUUACGAUACAUUCCUUUUUAAAAUAUAAUCUUAUUUGUAUUAAUUAUAUUGUGGUAUAUCAAUAUAUAUAUAUGUAUUAAUAUUCUUGAGACCUCUGAAAAAUGCCUACUUUUUUAGGACCACCCUUUCUAGAUAUAUAAAGAUUUGUAUUUACAACAUUAAUAAUAUAUACAUACUAUGCAAAUAUUCAAAAGAUAAGCUUUUAGUUUUGUUUAUUUGAAUUUUUUGUUUGUAAUUAGUUUUUAAUCUUCAUUAUUUACUUCAAGUUAUGACAGUAUGUCUCUAUCCAUCCAUCCAUUUUCUACCGCUUAUCCCUUUUGGGGUCGCAGGAGGUGCUGGAGCCUUACACUUGUUAUUUCAUAUGUUGGCCAAAGGGGGCGCCUUUCAAUCUCUGACACACACUUGUUAUUUCAUAUGUUGGCCAAAGGGGGCGCUUUUCAAUGUCUUACACACACUUGUUAUUUCAUAUCUUGGCCAAAGGAGGCGCCUUUCAAUUUCUUACACACACUUGUUAUUUCAUGUUGGCCAAAGUCGGGCGCUUUUCAAUUUCUUACACACACUUGUUAUUUCAUAUGUUGGCCAAAGGAGGCGCCUUUCAAUCUCUGACACACACUUGUUAUUUCAUAUGCUGGCCAAAGGGGGCGCUUUUCAAUGUCUUACACACACUUGUUAUUUCAUAUCUUGGCCAAAGGAGGCGCCUUUCAAUUUCUUACACACACUUGUUAUUUCAUACGUUGGCCAAAGGGGGCGCUUUUCAAUUUCUUACACACACUUGUUAUUUCACAUGUUGGCCAAAGGGGGUAUUUUUUAACUUCUUACACACACUUGUUAUUUCAUAUGUUGGCCAAAGUCGGCGAUUUUUAACUUCUUACACACACUUGUUAUUUCAUAUGUUGGCCAAAGUCUGCGUUUUUUAACUUCUUACACACACUUGUUAUUUCAUAUGUUGGCCAAAGUCUGCGUUUUUAACUUAUUACACACACUUGUUAUUUCAUAUGUUGGCCAAAGUCGGGCGCUUUUCAAUUUCUUACACACACUUGUUAUUUCACAUGUUGGCCAAAGUCGGGCGCUUUUCAAUUUCUUACACACACUUGUUAUUUCAUAUGUUGGCCAAAGGGGGCGCUUUUCAAUUUCUUACACACACUUGUUAUUUUAUACGUUGGCCAAAGGGGGCGUUUUUCAAUUUCUUACACACACUUGUUAUUUCACAUGUUGGCCAAAGAGGGCAUUUUUUAACUUCUUACACACACUUGUUAUUUCAUAUGUUGGCCAAAGUCUGUGUUUUUUAACUUCUUACACACACUUGUUAUUUCAUAUGUUGGCCAAAGUCUGCGUUUUUGAACUUCUUACACACACUUGUUAUUUCAUAUGUUGGCCAAAGUCUGCGUUUUUAACUUCUUACACACACUUGUUAUUUCAUAUGUUGGCCAAAGUCUGCGUUUUUUUAACUUCUUACACACACUUGUUAUUUCAUAUGUUGACCAGAGAGGGAGCACUUUUAAAACUGACAGUCAAUUUGAAAAACCCCUCCUUUUCAGAACCACCCUAAUUUUGAUAGAUUUCACCACCAGGGAGUGCAAAUGAGACAUUUUCUAUUAGAUGCAAUGGUUUUCCGUAUUGGGACCAUGAUUUCGGUCCUAACUUGUUCACACCUCAUAUGGAAGGUACUUUUCCUUGUUGAUGUCUCAACAAUGUGCACACACAUCUGAUGGUGGAGAAUGUGUCUUGUGUGUAUCUGUUUAUCCACAACAGUGAGGACACAAAAGCAGGAAAAUACCAAAAAAAACACUUACACACACAAUAAAUCGUAAUAAGUACUGUCCGAGCAAAAAUCAUUUGAAUAUUGUAAAUUACUUUUUAAAUGACUAACCUCGAGCAAUGGGACCAACACACAAUAUACUAAAAAAGCUGUGUCUGCCCCCUAGUGUUUACUAUGAAGCACCACAAGCUGGGAGAGUUAUAUACUGUACAUGCAUUUAGUCAAACAUAGAUCAUAAUUAUAUUUAUAUAAUUUUAGACAUGGGAUAAAGCCCACAAAGAUUGAGUCCAAAUGCACCAUUAUUGUACUGGAUCCAUAAGUGUUAUUUGUUUAUUGUAGCUCAUUUAAAGGCAAAUAACAGUAUCAAUCAAAGUUUGAGUUUAUUUGAAACAUGCAAGCAUACGACAUGAUGCAUCACAAUUUCCAGUUUCUCUAUUCAACAUGUUCGAAAAGGAGUAGGAAGAAGCAGAGCUUAUUUAAUCCUACCGCUUUUCCUUUACACAGCAGUUAAAACUUUUUUCACUUCCUGUUCUCAAUUUAUUCACAAUAUACUCCAUAAGUAAUAACAAUAAAAAUAAAUAAAUAAUUGGUGAAGUAAGUUAUAUUUUAUAUGGUGAGAUGAGUAAGAUUAUCUUGAAAAUGAA